UCGGGUUUUUCCCGUCGGAGUCGGAAUCAGAGCCGAGAGCGCCUGACUGUAACCCGCGACAGACACAUCAAUCGGGUCUUGGCUUGCGGUUUGCGAUUGUUUACAUCCAAUCAAGUAAGAAAAAAAGUAGCCUGCUGCUGAAAUGGACACCGCUGAUCAGCUUGCAUCUGUGGGGACAUUUCAAGUGCUAAAAUUACCUCUGGGAUUUAUCCGUGUUUUGGAAUGGCUCUUUGCCAUUUUUGCAUUUGCAACAUGUGGGGGCUACUCUGGGCAGCUGCGGGUUAGUGUUGACUGCAUGGAGAAGGCCAGCAGCAACCUCAGCAUUGGCAUCGACUUUGCUUAUCCUUUCAGAUUGCACCAGGUGUCCUUUGAAGCGCCCGUGUGUGAGGGCAUAAGGAGGGAGCGCGUGUUCCUCAUUGGAGACUAUUCAUCCUCUGCAGAGUUCUUCGUCACCAUUGCGGUCUUUGCCUUCCUGUAUUCCCUCAUGGCCACCAUUGUCUACAUCUUCUUUCAGAACAAGUACCGUGAAAACAACCGAGGACCACUUAUUGACUUUGUAGUGACAGUGGUGUUCUCCUUCCUGUGGCUGGUCAGUUCCUCUGCUUGGGCCAAGGCUCUGUCUGAUGUGAAAGUGGCCACUGAUCCAGAUGAGGUGCAGCUCCUCAUCUCUGCCUGCAAAGUCCAGACCAACAAGUGUGGCUCUGUGCAUGGACCACGCUGGUCCGGACUCAACACCUCAGUGGUUUUUGGGUUUCUCAAUUUUGUUCUAUGGGCUGGGAACAUCUGGUUUGUCUUUAAGGAGACCGGUUGGCACAAGGGUACAUCAAGGUUCGCAGGCGGGGCAUCUGAGAAACAGGCCGGCACCUUUAACCAGCAGCCCUACAACCAGGGAAGCUUUGACCAGUCAGGGAGCUACAACACCCAGGGAAACCUUGGCCAGCUGUCUGAGUACAGCCAGGUGGGAGGGCCCACCUCCUACUCCAAUCAAAUGUAGCCGUGCCUUUUCGUUUCAUGAGUGGCACUUCUGUAUUUUAAACCAGGGCAGUCAGGGGGUGAUAGGAGAGUAGGAAAGUUAAGGAUUGACUUUCAUCCUCUGCUCAGUUUGUCAUCAGUUUGUCUGUCUAAAAAACAAAAAAGAUGGUCAUAAAAAAAGGCAUCAAAGGUGUCAAAGUACAACCAUUGUAGAUACAAGUAUUGUUGGGUAUUGUACAAAAUUACUGGAUGUAGUCUUUUACUCCUUCUCUCUCAGAGGUGUUGUUUGCUGAAUGUUGUAUUUCUUGUAGUUUGAAAAACACAAGUAACAGUUACUCUCUGCGCUUGGUAAUUGACAUUCACUGUUACGACUGGAUAUCUUUUUCAAAGUGGUUUGCACUAUCAAGGAAGAAAAAAGUGCUCUAUGUUUGUAUAAUUCUCAAGUUUCUAAAAUGGUGUCGACUAAGUGCAUGGUGUCGUAUGUGUGUUCUCUGUGAAACUAUUAAAAAAACAUGCAUUUUUUUCUCUGAAAGUUUACAAAAUUCAAACUGCCCUGACUUAUCACUGAAAGUUUAUUUAGCACAGUAUCAUUACAUGUACAAUAUUGUUUACUCUAAAAGGAACUAUAUUUUGAUAAUGGGUAUUUCUAAUUCAGAUACGGAUUCAGAUUUCUGUGUUAUAUUUGUUACAAACACAUUCAAAUUCAUGUCUGACACUGAUCAUGUCAAAAGUCUAAAAACGUAAAGCAAUAACCACAUACUGAAAAAUAUACUGUACAGGGUUUGUGCAAGAAAAAAGUACAGUAUUGCAGCCAUUGCAGCAUGUUGUUUCUGUCUCCAUGGUUAGUUUAAUCUUAUUUGAGUCAUUUUAUUUGAGUAAUGUAAAGAGGAAGAUCUCCCUCAUUGUUUACAAGUGGCCGCUCCUGCUACAAGUUACUGUAACUGUUUUCUACGCUAUCCUCAGACUACUGGGAAAUUAUAAACAUAAGUUAUACUUCUUUAAAAACAUGUUCAGAGUAUCCAUUUACACUGCUAAAGCCCAGCAAAAAAAAAGCAGUAUCACAGUGAUAAUGGAUGAUUAGUGAAUAGUGGGCUCAUCUGUAUAUAACAAAUAUUGAGCUUUUGUUAACUUUAAAAUCACAAUUCAGGUUUGUACAACUCUAAAAAAAAUCUGUGCAAUUCAUGUAUAAUAAUAUUUAAAGGAUAAUCCUUGGUUGCUGUUUGUUAUUAAUUCUUAUAUUAAUAUGACUUGUGCAACCCUGUUUCUUGACCUCCUAAGCAUGUGGCUUGCAUCAGUGUAAUAAAGCAGAUUGAACACCCAUGUAUGUAUAAUAGUCUGACCUCCAUGAUAAAUGUGUACGGGUCCACGUGCAAUUAGUUCAUGAGUGUGGAUGUUUUACAGGCAUUCGUGCUAAUAAAGAUGCACAAAUGUGCCCAUAAAUAACCUGUU